CAGACCAACACACACAGUGGAUGGAUCAAAGGCUGCGUCUAAGGCUUUAAAAGAGGACGCCAGAUUAGGAGUUUGGGAUAAUUCUGACAGGGAGCAGAGGAGAGCGAUAGGUGGACUAUAUUUCCCCCUUUCACCGGGAUCUGUCUCUCACUGGGGGGAGGAGAGAGGAAGAGAGGGACUGACGGACAGAGGAACAGAGGGAGAGCAUAGACGGAGAGAGAGAGCUGGUUCAGGAUGGUCCCGAUGGCAGGUGUGAGGGGAGUCUGGCUUUAGAGGGCUUCACAGAACACUUUACCUGGACACCUUCCACAGGACGUGUGCCCAUGAGGUCGUUGCUGUUAGUGCUCCUGCUGAUUGGCGUCCAGGCUGUACUGAACAUGGGAGGUGCCCUGGGCCCGGUGGCAGCCAACCACAGCGCAGAACACCACACAGUAGCCAAUGGCAGAGCAGAACAGCAGCGGGCGGACCGCCUCUCAGUGUCACCUCAGCAGGAGCAGCAGACACAGCAGAGACCCAGCCGGACCAGACAGGCCCACAGACCAGCCUCUCUACCCCAGGACAGGAGCUCUUCCCUGGGCCACUCUGAGACAGGCUCCCCCUCUACCCUCUCCAUCCCGGAGGUGGACCCCAAACUGUUCAGCAAGUUACGCUACCACUCCUCACCCCGCGUCGUCUUCAGCGACGUACCCCCCUCUCACCGCGGCCUGGGGGGUGAGACGAGGGAAGAGGAGGGAGAGGAGGAAGUGGGGAGGGUGAUGGAUGGGGGAGUGAGGGUGAGGCGGAAGGCAGGGGGGCAGCCCAUGCACAGGGGGGAAUACUCCGUGUGCGAUAGCAUCAGCGUUUGGUUGGGGAACUUAACCAAGGCCACCGACAUCGCCGGCAACGAGGUGGAGGUUCUACCAGAGGUGAAGAUAGACAACGUCCGCAAGAAACAGUUCUUCUACGAGACCACCUGCCGCGUGGCCACACCUCCGGGGUUAGGGGCUGGGGCUGGGGCUGGGGGAGGAGUUAUGGGAGGCGGGCCCAAAGCGGGGGCCAAAUCAGGGUGUCGCGGCAUCGACAGCCGUCACUGGAACUCGUACUGCACCAACACACACACGUACGUGCUCGCCCUCACCAAGUCCAAGGAGCAGACGGCGUGGAGACUGAUUCGCAUCAACGCAGCGUGUGUGUGUGUCCUCAGCCGCAAGUCCUGGAGGCACUGACCUUUAACCCCUGGGACUAUGGACCCUGAACCACACAUUAUCAUCGCUGACCUUUAACCCCUGGGACUAUGGACCCUGAACCACACAUUAUCAUCACUGACCUUUAACCCCUGGGACUAUGGACCCUGAACCACACACCAUCAUCACUGACCUUUAACCCCUGGGACUACGGACCCUGAACCACACAUUAUCAUCACUGACCUUUAACCCCUGGGAAUAUGGACCCUGAACCCCGAACCACACACAGUACACACACCAUCAUCACUGACCUUUAACCCCUGGGAAUAUGGACCCUGAACCACACACCAUCAUCGGCCAUCACUAGGGGUCGAGUAUGAUUGUCCUCCUGGUGGGUCUCACCC